UACAGUUGUUAUCAAAGCCUGUAAGUAUGAUUUAUUUUACUAGGUAUAUACAUAUUGUAUAUACUAUGCAUAUCUAUUUCACUAAUCAUCACCUACUGAGCACAUUGGGCACACACAUGUCCAUGAAUAAAUCAUAUCUUGACCCGUGACUUACUAGUCUCUCCUCCACUGCAUCUCAGCCUCAUAGUAGCAGACAUAAUCUCCCUCCUGGCACUCAGUCAGGUCAGGAACACGGCGGAACUUCUGGUGGUAGUAGACGGACUUGUUUUUACUCCGAAUGCUGUCGACAGCAUCUGGAUAACAGAGAAAACAGUUCAGGAUCUUGUUAAACCCUGACAGGGCCGUGUGGGCUGUAUUGUGAUUUGAUGUCUAUGAUUUUGGCUAACGUUAGCUAGCAUAGCACCUCGCUCAAGGUGCAGCUAAGUACCCUAUGACAAUUACUACCACAAACCAGAGCCUUGUGAUUUACUUGGUGUAAGUUAAUAAUUAGCAAGGAAGCAUAACAGUUAUACUAGCGUCGUUAUAACGUUUAAAUAUACCAACAUCACGUCUACACAUCACCCUCUGCUCCUGGUAGCUGUGUUGUUGUGCUAGCCUGUUAGCCUAGUUAGCUCCGUUAGCUUCAGUUACCUCUAAAUGUGGUGACAGGCAGGUCCACGGAGUAAUAGAAGAGUUUAGAUAGAAUCAGGGCUGGGUUUGGCAGUGCUGUCUGUUUGUCCACAACCGGAGUCUGCCGAGGAGGCUCCGGGUACGCUCCUUUAUCAAAGUCUGAAGGCAUUUUGCCUUAUGUUUGACCAAAACUAAAUUCGACCUCGACAGCUCUCCUUUCGGGUGGCGCUUGCGCAGAAGACACAGCGCAAUGGCGAAAUAGAGGGCCUCCCCACCACCUCAGACCUCUGACUUUACCCUCGUCCCUCCUCCUAUCUUUCCCUGUCAGAACUUGGCAGCAGUUGCCUUGUUUGAAAGCGAAUACGGCGCCUCAGCAGGGCCAAACACCAAAUUAGAGUCCUUAGCCUGUAUCAUCUUAUGUAUGACCCUUACAUCAGCACUGGUCCCUCUCUCUUUCUAUUCCUUGACUGGACAGUGAGCGGACAUGGUCAGUGCUCCUCAUAUUUUUGGUUCUAUUCUACUAUAAAUAACGCAUUCAUUAGCAGUUUUGUCUGUCUUUGACAUGUGUGCAUGUGUGUUUAUGGUUUAUGACUUUGUUUGGCCACCUGAGUUUAUUUGAGAAGAUCGCGCAUAUUGAAAAGUUAUCUUGUAAUGGCUGCCUUUGAGGAGACCACGUGGAAUACUGACAUGUCUCAUCGCAAAUUCCACGCACCCCGCCAUGGACACUUGGGGUUCCUGCCCCACAAGCGAAGCAAGAAGCAUAGAGGCAGGGUGCGUACGUGGCCCAAAGAUGACCCCAGCCAACCAGUGCACCUCACUGCCUUCCUGGGAUACAAGGCGGGCAUGACCCACACGUUGAGGGAGGUGCACCGCACUGGCCUCAAGCAAGCAAAGAGAGAGGAAAUAGAGGCAGUUACCAUCAUUGAAACUCCUCCGGUCAUUGUGGUGGGGGUUGUGGGAUAUAUUCACACCAUCCGUGGCUUGCGUUCCCUCAAAACUAUCUUUGCUGAGCAUCUAAGCGACGAGUGCAAGCGCAGAUUUUAUAAAAACUGGUUCAAGAGCAAGAAGAAGGCCUUCACCAAGCACAGUAAGAAGUGGCAGGAUGAGACUGGAAAGAGACAGCUGGACAAGGAUUUUGCUCAUAUGAAGAAAUACUGUUCAGUGAUCAGGGUUAUUGUUCAUUCUCAGAUGCGACUGCUGCCCAUACACCAGAAAAAGGCCCACAUCAUGGAGGUGCAGCUCAAUGGGGGAAGCAUCUCGGACAAGGUGGACUGGGCAAAGGAGCGUCUGGAGCAGGCCGUGCCCAUCUCUGCCGUCUUCUACCAAGACGAGAUGAUUGAUGUCAUUGGAGUCACAAAGGGUCACGGCUUUAAAGGUGUGACAAGUCGCUGGCACACAAAGAAGCUUCCCAGGAAGACUCACAAAGGCCUGAGGAAGGUGGCCUGCAUUGGAGCCUGGCAUCCGGCACGUGUGUCAUACACUAUAGCUCGUGCUGGUCAGAAGGGCUAUAACCACCGUACUGAGAUCAACAAGAAGAUCUACCGUAUCGGUAGGGGUGUGCACAUACAGGAUGGAAAGGUGAUCCGGAACAAUGCCUCCACUAGCUAUGACACCACCCAGAAGACCAUCACGCCCCUGGGAGGCUUCCCUCACUAUGGUGAAGUGAAGAAUGACUUUGUCAUGGUGAAGGGCUGUGUGGUCGGGGCUAAGAAACGUGUUCUCACCCUCAGAAAGUCUUUGAUCGUGCACACAUCUCGCAAGUCCAAGGAAACCAUCGAGUUGAAGUACAUUGACACCACUUCCAAAUUUGGCCAUGGCCGCUUCCAGACUGCCCAAGAGAAGAGGGCAUUCAUGGGGCCACUGAAGAAGGAUGCCAGGAAGACACUGCCUGAGCCUCUAAAUGAGGAGGCCUGAAAUAAAUUCUCACAUCUCAAUUCUUAUGCAAUAAUAAAA